ACAAUGAAUAGUUAAACAUUGCAUUUUUAGGGUUCUUACAUCAGUUUUAAAUUAUAUUAACAUUAACAAAAUGAAUUUAACGAUACGUAAAGUAUUUUUUUUUAUUUCGAUUUUUGCUGCUAUCAACAUUAUAGACGGUUUCAUUAGAACUGUAACUCCAAUUUAUGCAAAUUUCAUGACAAAACAUGAUCCUGAGGGUGUAAGUGUAACAAGAAUUAACAAAACUACAACUGAAAUUGUAUUUACAGAAGAAUUUAAUGCCGAUACAAAUCCUUUAAAAGUUCAUAUCGAUUACUUUUUCGAAACUUCUGGAGAACGACAUAUUAUUCAAAUUGAUAAUUUAUGUGCCCCACAAAAAAAUGACACUACGGAAUAUGCUGCUCAGACAUAUGUAUUAAAAUAUUUCGGCAACACUGAUAAAUGUCCAAUAAAAAAGGGAACAAAAGUUACACAUACAAUAGGAAAGCCUUUUACAUGUAACUUAACUGAUCCAGACUGUGGGAGUGAUGAUGGAACAAUAAGUAUGUUUAAGAAAAAUUCAAAAAAAGGCAAUUCACCACUAGUCUUGCUGGUUCAUUAUGGGGCAAAAGUUACUGGUUCCGAUUGUUAAUAAAAAAAAAGUUUAUAAACUGUAAUGUGAAUUAUUUAAUUUUAUUUUUUACAAAAAUUAAUUCUAAAUGGAUAAUAAUUUACUUGGAAUGUUAAAUAUAAGAAUGUUUUUAAUGUACGUAGAGGAGUUGGAGGUUAAUUGUACAAUAAAUUUUAAAAUAUUAAAUAAA